AUGGCAGCUGCCAGGGAAGGAAACUUGAAGCGCCGGGACCCGCCGGGGCAGCCGCCACAGGAUGGUUACGGCAUCUACGUGUACCCGAAUUCUUUCUUCCGCUACGAAGGGGAAUGGAAAGGAGGGAAGACCCAUGGCCACGGGAAGCUGCUGUUUAAGGACGGAAGUUACUACGAAGGCGAGUUCGUGGACGGGGAGAUCACGGGCGAAGGUUUCCGGCACUGGGCCACAACAGGGAACACCUACUCUGGUCAGUUCGUCCUGGGAGAGCCGCAGGGCCACGGUGUCAUGAAGUACGGAGCCGGGGGCUGUUACGAAGGGGCGCUGUCCCGUGGCGUGAGAGAAGGGUACGGGCGUCUGGUGGACCAGGACGGCAACGUGUACGAGGGGUCCUUUCAUGACAACCGGCGACACGGCCAAGGGCACACGGCCUUUCGGAACGGCGACACGUACGACGGCGACUGGGUCCGGGACCGGCGCCAGGGCCACGGAGUGCUGCGCUUCGCGGACGGCUCCACCUACGAGGGACAGUGGCACAGCGACGUCUUCAGUGGCCUGGGCAGCAUGACCCACAGCUCCGGGGUCGUCUACCACGGGAUGUGGAUCAACGGCCACCCGGCAGCACCAGCCACGCGGGCCGUGAUCCUGGACCCGGAGGAGGUGCCCGCGGCCGCCGGCUCGCCCGCCCCCGGGGGCAGCCGGCCUUCCCAGAGCGGCCAACGGGCGCCGGGCUCUCAGACGGGAAGCCACGUGUGUGUGCGCGAGGACGGCCGGGUUUUGAGGAUCUCCGCGGGCGUCAGGGAAGAGCGGCUCCCAGCCCACUCGGAGGCCAGCUGCUCCCAAGUGGACGAGGGCAGACGGGAGGCGCCCAUCCAGACCCCGUUGGGGUUUGAGUGCGUCACCCACCCGCUGUGGAGCCCCGCGCCUGGCGGCCUGGAGCCCUGCACCGCCCUGGAAAGCGCCGGAGACCGGGAGGUGACGCUGCCAUCAGACGCCUCGCGUGGCCAGGGGGACGUCCCCGGCGGCCUGCCCGCUGGGGGGCGCCGGGCCCAUUGCCCGGAUGGCUGCCGGCAGGCGGAGCGUGGCCGCGCCGAGUUCCCGGACGUCCGCCUCGGGCCCCCUCCGCCCGGGUACUGCCCCGUUCCGUUGCUGGACGGCCUGCGCGAGGAGGCGUGCGGCAGGCCCAGGGGUGGCCUGGGCCCCAGGACGGGGACGCCCGCCGCACAGGACCCGCCUGGGAACAGCAGGUAG